AUGGUGAACGCUCAAGUGUUGAAGGAUCACGCGUCCAAGUAUAAACUUGGACGAGACAAUGCCGCUGAAUAUUUCCGACAACUUUUCACCAAACAUCCCGAGCUCGCGAAAUACUACGAUGCCGAGGAUCUCGACCCCGACAGUUUGCACAAAUCGCAAAAGUUCAUGAUGCAAGGAAUGCAAGAAAUGCAAAUCUUCUUCCGAUUGCCGGACGCGAUCGAUGACGAGAAGAAAUUGCGCUCGUGUUUGGGUGAUUUCAAGAAUAUCUAUGAGGAUAACAGCUUCCCGAUUGCUGAGUGGGGAAAAACGAUCGACGGUUUCCUGGCGGCAAUGGAGAAAUGCGCGGGUGGAGUGUCGGCCGAUCAAAAGAAAAAUUGGGAAGAAGUGUGGAAGAAAUCGAUGGAGGAAAUGAAGAAAUGGGGAUGGUUUAAA